GUUACGGCUGCGCUUGAAGCUUCUGUACUAUAUAAUUCAGCACCAUUGAUAGUUGAGGCAAGAUAAGCACAAGCUAACUACGAUGGUCCUCUCAAAGCUGAGGCAAUCUGGGGCUAGGCCCGACACUUACUCUGCCGGUGACAAUCAGGCUCCGACAGAAGGAACGCUUCCCACAGCCCCAAUCCAGGGAGCAAAAGAGGAAGAACUAGUCGACACCCCGAUCCCGCUAUUGACAUGGAGAUCUUUUCUCAUGGGUGUCUUCGUCUCGAUGGGAGGAUUCCUCUUCGGGUACGACACCGGCCAGAUCUCUGGUUUUCUAGAAAUGCCGAACUUCCUCCAACGAUAUGGCCAACAGCGUUCUGAUGGCACGUACUAUUUCACCAAUGCUCGCUCUGGUCUCAUUGUGGCGCUGCUAUCGGUGGGGACCUUAAUCGGGGCUCUCAUCGCAGCUCCCAUCGCGGAUCGAGUUGGCCGAAAAUGGUCUAUCAGCGGAUGGUCAGCCAUGGUCUGCGUAGGCAUCACGGUUCAAAUAACUUCGCCAAGCGGAAAGUGGUACCAAGUGGCCAUGGGCCGUUGGGUAGCCGGCCUUGGGGUUGGCGCGUUGUCUUUGCUCGUGCCCAUGUAUCAAGCUGAGACUGGGCCUAGACACAUUCGAGGAUCGUUGGUCAGUACCUACCAGCUUUUCAUCACUUUGGGAAUCUUCGUCGCCAAUUGCAUCAACUUUGGGACCGAAGCAAGAGAUGACACUGGUUCCUGGCGCAUUCCCAUGGGUGUCACCUAUCUAUGGGCUAUCAUCCUUGGUCUGGGAAUCGCUCUAUUCCCCGAAACCGUGCGGUAUGACUACCGACACGGUAAAAUCGAACGAGCAACCGAUACCCUCACCAAGAUGUACGGUAUUCCCCGCAACCACCGCAUGCUAAAGGUAGAGCUCGACGAGAUUAAGCAGAAGUACGACGAGGAAGUGAUGCGCGGAAAAGUGACUUGGAUUCAGCUAUUCAAGGGACCGCGGAUGAAAUACCGCAUUGCCGCGGGUGUCGCGCUCCAAGCGCUCCAGCAACUGACCGGAGCCAACUACUUCUUCUACUACGGAACGACAAUAUUUCGAGGCGCAGGUAUCUCAAACAGCUACGUAACGCAGAUGAUUCUUGGUGGUGUGAAUUUUGGGACCACGUUUCUGGGUCUAUAUCUGAUCGAGAACUACGGCCGUCGGCGGUCGUUGAUCGCUGGGGCUUUGUGGAUGUUCGUCUGCUUCAUGGUGUUUGCCUCGGUGGGCCACUUCUCACUUGACCUACAAAACCCGGAGAAUACACACACCGCCGGAGUGGUUAUGGUGGUGUUCGCAUGUCUGUUCAUUCUGGGGUUCGCGUCCACGUGGGGCCCGAUGGUGUGGACCAUCAUCGCGGAACUGUACCCCUCGGAGUACCGGGCACGGGCGAUGUCGCUGGCCACGGCAUCUAACUGGCUGUGGAACUUCCUCCUGGCAUUCUUCACGCCGUUCAUCACCAGCGCGAUUGACUUCCGGUAUGGGUAUGUCUUUGCGGGUUGUCUGUUCCUAGCCGCGGGACUGGUGUACCUGGUCGUCAUCGAAGGGCGCGGGAGAACGCUGGAGGAGAUUGAUACGAUGUAUGUAAUGCGUGUGAAGCCGUGGAAGAGCUCCAAAUUCCAGUUCGAGGAACUGGCCCCCUACGAUCGCCGGGGAUCCGCGUCGGAGAAGGCCGGGGCUGCCCAUAUCCCCACUGUUGGAGAUGGCCAGCCCAUGAACUCUCACACUACGGAGGUGUAAAUGCCUCUUUUCACGGCUCUAGCUCUCUUGACUGUACUUUUGUGUGUGCUUGUAUGUAUUCGCUGCGCUUGUGUAUUGGCAUUCAUGUACAUUAUGCAAUGCUACGUUGUUGUGUUCUAGGUGUC